CCUCUCUAUAUUGUGUGGUAGGAAUUUUUAGACCAAGCUAAAAGUAUAUUUGCAGAAUAUAUAUCAUGGCUUCACUUGGUGCUUUUGGAACAAGGCUUCUCUUGGCCUGUCUUGUAAUGGCACUGGUUUCUCAGAUAUAUGUAGAAGCUUCUGAUGCUUCUGAAUCAAAGUCACUUGGACUGCAAACAAAUGGGAUACACCGCAGGCUUUUGAAAACGAUUGACUGCAAGGCUGCUUGUACAGGAAGAUGUAAAGCAGCAUCUUUGAAAAACAGGUGUUUGAGAGCCUGUGGUACAUGCUGUGCCAGAUGUAAUUGUGUUCCACCAGGGACAUAUGGGAACAAACAGCUCUGCCCCUGCUAUGCCAACCUGAAAACCCAUGACAACAAGCCCAAAUGCCCUUAAGACCAUCAACAGUCAUAUUUUAUAAGAAAAUAUUUAGCAUGCUCUGUUGAGGAAUAAAAUAUGUUGCUAGAUGUUGGAAUAAUGUCAAUAGUUGUCAUGAUCCUGCUUGUAUAAAAUAAAUCCAUUCUUUGAUGUGGAACAUGUAUGCAUCUAAUAAAGCUGUAAAAGGCAAGUAGCAGCUCUCCUCAUCUAUUCCAAGCUUCCUAGUUUUUCAAAAAAUGUCAAUUGCCAAAAUUGAGGUACAGUCCAAAUAUCAUCUUCCAUGGCCUUUUUAGGGAGAAAUUUUCCUCAUAAUCAUCUUGUUAUGCUUAUACGAUGCUCUUAUUCUCUCAAUACAUGUAUUUCCUAAAUAAUAAAACUCUUUUUUUUUCAAUAA